AUGGCAUCUAAAGUUUUAAUAUCAGCAGAAGAUUUAACCUGCCCUGUGUGCUGUGACAUCUUCAGGGAUCCCGUUCUCCUGUCAUGUAGUCACAGUGUGUGUAAAGUCUGUCUGCAGCAGUUCUGGAAUAAAAAAGGAUCACAGGAGUGUCCUUCCUGUGGGAGAAGAUCAUCAAAAGAUCAACUUUCUAAUGACUUGGCGUUAAAGAACCUGUGUGAGAAUUUCUUGCAGGAGAGAAGUCAGAGAUCUUCAUCAGGGUCUGAGGAGUUCUGCAGUGUGCACAAUGAGAAACUCAAACUCUUCUGUCUGGAUGAUAAAAAGCCUGUGUGUGUGGUGUGUCAGACUUCAAAAAACCACGAAAACCAUGAAUUCUGUCCAGUAGAUGAAGCUGCACAUGAUAAUAGGGAGGAACUCAAGACUACACUGAAACCUUUACAGGAGAAAUUGGAGUUCUUUAGAAAGGUCAAACUGUCAUGUGAUAAAACAGCAGAAAACAUUAAGAUUCAGGCCCAACACAUAGAGAUGAGGAUUAGAGAAGAGUUUGAGAAGCUUCAUCAGUUUCUACGAGAUGAAGAGACAGUCAGGAUAACUGCACUUAGAGAGGAAGAGGAGCAGAAGAGUCAGAUGAUGGAGGAGAAGAUUGAAGAGAUGAGUAGAGAGAUUUCCUCUCUCUCAGACACAAUCAGAGCCAUAGAAGACAACAUGGGUGCAGAAGACAUUCUUAUUCUGACGAACUUUGAGGACACAAAGAAAAGAGCCCAGUGCACACUGCAGGAUCCAGAGAUGAUUUCAGGAGCACUGAUCAAUGUGGCAAAGCACCUGGGCAACCUGAAGUUCAGAGUGUGGGAGAAGAUGCAGGACAUUGUUCAAUACACUCCUGUGAUUCUGGACCCCAACACUGCAGGACCGUAUCUCAUCCUGUCUGAGGAUCUGACCACUGUGAGAUUCAGUGAUGAGAAACAGCAGAUUCCUGAUUAUCCAGAGAGAUUUGAUACAUUUCCAUGUGUUCUGGGCUCUGAAGGCUUUAACUCAGGGACACACUGCUGGGAUGUUGAUGUUGGGGGCAGCACAGACUGGGAAUUAGGUGUGACCACAGAGUCAAACCAGAGGAAGGGAAACACAUUCUUUGACACUGAUGUCUGGAGUGUGUUUUUGUACGAUGGUAAAUACUGGUCAAAGGCCUCAGGAGGGUCAUCUACUCCACUGAGAGCGAAUAAUAAACUGCAGAGGAUCAGAGUGGAAAUGGACUGGGACAGAGGAAAACUCUCAUUCUCUAAUCCUCUGAAUAACACACACCUACGAACCUUCACACACACUUUUACUGAGAGAAUGUUUCCAUACUUCGCCAAUGCCUGUGAACUCUCUCCUCUGAGGAUCUCACCAGUGAAAUGCUGUGUGACAGUGAAGCAGCACAGUUAG